ACACCCUCACUGAAUCCGACCCUGUAUAUAACACUAGGAAAAGUGCUUUUCACGACUCCGAGAUGAGUACUAAAUUAUGUUGAUAAUAUUUAUAUUUUUAAAGUUGCCCGAUUUAUAUUUUAUUUAGAUUUAAUCAGUCCCGCAGAUUUAGAAUAUACAGAGUCGUAAAGGGGAGGGGGGAACGGGGGAGCUGCCGAUAGUAGAGGGUAGAUGGAGGUUUUUUUUGGGGGGGGGGGAUCAUACUGAUGGACGACUGAAAAGAUUGUUGAUCAUGACUGAAGCAGUUUUAUGAUCAACCUUUGCCUGAUAUGAAAGCAUAAUUGUGCACUGUUUUGGAAAAAAAGCCGGUCUUCGCGUUUUUCCACAAGAAAAAAUACAAGCGUCGAAGUUCUUUUGCACAGGGAGAGAACUCAGCGCGGACUUGGAACAUAUUUCAGUUCGCAUGGGUCCGUAUUUCUUCUGGUGCACCAUCCAGGCUCAGAUAUAGAACGUUUGGGCGAGUGUUUGAAAUGAUCAUAGUUAGUCUAUGAAAUGAUUCACCUUGAGAGUGGAACACCAAAACAAGGCAGCCAAACGGUCGAGAAUAGAUCAGUCGCGCCGCUAUUGUUAUCGAUUAGCUCACUUCCGGUUACAGAAAUAUCCGUGACUGACAACUUGAUUGACGCUUACACGACCAGUUACACAAUUUCCUGUUAUAGCAAUUUUGAAAGAAGCGCAGCCGUUACACUGUUGCGGAGUCUCCGGAAUUUUUCAUUCCUUUUUCUGCCGACAUGAGUUUGUUGCAGCGUAUGUUUGGAACUAAAAAUAAGGAAAAUAUUCCAGUAACGGAAGAUGCCAUACAAAAGUUAAAAAAUACCGAGGAGAUGUUGGAAAAGAAGCAAGAAUAUUUGGAGAAGAAGAUCACUGCAGAGAACACAACAGCGAAGAAGUAUGCAAAAAUGAAUAAGAGGCUUGCAUUGCAAGCAUUGAAGAGACGAAAACGUCUCGAGAAACAGUUGAACCAAAUAGAUGGGACUUUAUCGACUAUAGAAUUCCAACGUGAGACCUUGGAAAACGCUGGGACGAACACCGAAGUGUUGAAAAACAUGAAGUCCGCUGCAGAUGCGCUCAAAAACGUGCAUCGAUCGCUCGGCGUGGAGGAUGUUCAUGACAUUAUGGAUGAUAUUCAUGAGCAGACGGAAAUUUCGACGGAGAUCUCAGAGGCGAUUUGUGGUGUAGGCUCGAAUCAAGACUUCGAUGAUGACGAACUUAGAGCAGAGUUAGACGCGAUCGAACAAGAAGGCCUUGAUGGCGAACUUGUUGGAAUGGAACGCCAGGCCAUAGGACUACCGGACGUUCCAUCGAGUGCUCCGGCAACAAAAAAGAAAGCUGUUCAAGAUGAGAAUGAGCUGAAAGAGCUUGAAGCAUGGGCCAUGUAGAAACUGGUCAAAAGAUUUGAAAUUUUAUAACCUUGUAUCAACACAGGCAUAUAUUUGUUACACGCUUGUUUGAAAUUGUUGCCAGAAGGCUAUGCUGUUUUACAUGUAGCUUGGGGACAUUUGCUAGUAUUAGCUUAAAUUUAGCUAAAAUUGUGUUCAUUAAGUGAAAGUGUCAUAUGUGUUUUUGCAAAAAGAAAAUUACAAUUUUAAGCUACCAGUAUGCUUGUGGUAGUGCUUACUCCAAAUCUAAUAUUCCUGUUGUUUGGGAAAAAAAUGAAGCAUUUGGAAAUUCUGUUCAUAAAGAGAAAUAAAUUUAAAAAAUAUAAGAAUCUGGAGGUGCAUGAAACAAAAAUACGAAUUUCAGAUUUGUUGCAAACAAAGUGUUAUAUGUAAAUAAAUAUUUACUGUAAUUCAGCUGUAAUAAACAGCUUGUUAUUGCCUAAAACAUGAAUGUCUUCAAUUUUAAGACUGAACAACAUAAGCUUAGUCUGACUUUUUCCACCUGGUUCAAGGUAAUAUUCUUUCUGUCUGUUCCUCAAUAAGAUUUAGACAAACACAAAAAACAAUCACAUAUUUGCAGAAAUGAACAGAGAAAUAAAACUAGUCAUGUUGGAGUAACCACUAAAAUCUGAUUAGCUUGCACGUGAAAAAAAAAAAAAACGUGACCAUUUCUUUCCAAUCAGCUAGCUGCCGCAGCUAGGUUAGGUGCAGGGACAGAUCCAGGAUUUUCAAACAGUGGUGGCUGGUACCAUGGGGUUGUAGAAUCAAUUGGGCAAUUGGCUCUCCAACAAGGGGUCGCUAGCCUGCCCAAUCCCCCCCUCCAAUUUGCCCCUGUGGGUGCUUUCACUUCCCAUGUCUAGGAUUAUAGUAUUUGCACUAGACUUUAGUGGAACAGCCUGAAGGGCAGCCUGCGAACAUAGACGUAUUUCUGGCUGUCACUUGGAUCCGCCAAAAAUAUUUAUUUACUUUUUCGAUAUAAUACUUUAAUUUUCAGCAGAAGCAAGUUACAGCUGGAAAUAUGUCUGUGUUCACAGCCUACCUGAAGGGGUAGAACAGAUGCUGGGAUUUGUCUGUUUUUUCACUGAGAAAAUAUAAUUUGUUUCUCUGGGACUGGAAAUCACAAACAAAAGAAAUGUGAAUAUGGGAUUUAGGCCAAAAACAGGCCUGAAAUGGAAUCUGUACAAAAUUUGAAAUUCUUCCAGCCCUCCUUUAGGACCCUCUUAGUGGUCAAUUUUGUGAUGUGUUUUCACUCACAUCAUGAUUCUGGGGAGGAGCGUUGCAUGAUGACACUAAAAACGGCUACAAGGGAGACUAGAUUCGGGUAUAUCAUAUAAGGGAAAUUCCGGGCAGCAUCUUACCUUCCAAUAAAAUAUUGCUUUUCUGACUUGAUUCCAAUCCACAUUUUUGCGAGGCUCAAAGACCAAAAAGAACUUUUGAGUCUCCUUCUCCGAUUCCAAGAGUUCAUUCCAGUCUUUAUUUUUAAGUUCCAUCGCGCGCGACUGUGACCUGGGCACUAACCUUGCUCAGUUUUCGCGCUUUCAAGGAAAAUUUUCAUGAGGAAAAUUGAAGCAUUUGGCAUCGGAAGUUGAAUAGUGAUUGUUUGCCUUGAGGCUCGAACAACAGAAACGAAAACAAGCUCAACAAACUGGAUGCUACGUCGAUAAAUACAACGAGAAUUCUUUGUUUUGUUUACAAGAAUUAAGUUUCGUUGUUCUCGCUCGCUCGUUCGCCAUGUGUGGGCAAGCUCGAUCCGUCAUCGCUGAAAACAAACGAUCGAAUUGAGAAGUGCACAAGCGAUAAGAUUUCUUGUAAAUGGAUCUGGAGGAUCUAUCAAACUUUUGGGCAAGAUUUCAGAUAGCUUUCUCCUGGGAUUACCCUGAAGGAUUGGAUGUACAAGCUGUACAAUCAGCCGUAUUCCAUGUCGUCGGCGAUGGUGAAACAAGGUAUGAUUAUAACUUAUUUUAAGUUUUCAUUCAUUUCAUUUUGAACCUUACUUCUCAUAACGGUACAAGAUGAAUUAUUUUGUUUGCUAUCGAUGUUAAACCGUUUAAUUUGCCAUCGGCAAAGUAGCGUUUUAAGCUUGUAUCGAUUUGUUCCAGUGGCGAAACUGAGCAAAUAUUGAUGGCGCCGUUUCAAGCUAACCGAAAACGGGCUUAUUCAAUUAAUCCCCGUGGUGCGCAAAUAAACAAAAUGUAACAAUUCGAGAUCGCCUUUAAUAAGUAGUACGUAGGUAGGAUUAAAAGUCUAAUCUAUGUUAGCAGUCUCUUUUAAUCUUAACCUUUUAGCUUUGAGAAGGAAAUUAAGAAACACACAUGCUAGGUGAAAACAUUAGGGGGUCUUCGCUCGUAGAACGUUAGCUUAGUUCUUUGUCACGCGAUCCAAUCAAUUUUUUUUCUUUUGGUUAAAAAUAGGUGUGAUUGUUUAGGUUUAAACCAAGUAAUUUUGUGAUAAUAAUUCGACGUCGUGAAACAAUGCAUUGUCUACAAACGUUAUAAAAAUGUUUAAACCUGGUUUUUAAUUAACUGAAGUACUAAGUAAUGAAUCUUACUAGAAGUAUUUCUAAAUGCGAUUCAAAAAUCACUGGACUUGAAAAAUGAUUGCAAAUGAUUAUUUAUUCUAAUUACUAUGAAAACACGCUUGUCCUAUGUCUUUAUCUUUUGACAUAAGUCAAUAUUAAUUUUCUUCAGAGCAAGUAAAUGUUUAUCUUUACGCUGAGGUAAACAAGGACAAAAAGGGUUUUUUCGGCCUUUUUCUAUACUUGUUCAACCAUAGUUGAUUGGAAUCUCCAUUUUUCUUAAUCUUUCUCAUGUAAAUUCGAAAUUAUAAACUGUGGGUGUGUAAUGUAUUCUUAAUGUGCGGAAGAGAAUGUGUUAAUUGGGAAUUAUUGGUAGCUGAGAAAUUUUCUUUCUUUUUGAAAGACUGACAGCUUAUAAGAAUGACAAUUAAGUUCAAAAGGGUAAAAUUUAUAUGCCAAUCUUGUGAAGGAAUGCUGCUGCAAAGUUCCCAAAGAAAUGUAAAUUCUGACAAAGGACAUAGCGCUUAUCCUUUGUGAGUCAGAUUAUAAUAUUAUUUUCUUUUUUGGGUUGUAGCAAGAUUCUUUUAAUUCUUUAAGUAACAAAGUACACACAGCAA